CGCGCAACGCGUGAUUUUUUUUUUAUUUUUUUUUUUUAUUUUUUUUUUUAUUUUUUUCAAGAAUUUUUUCAGGGUCUGUUUUUUGUUUCGCGUCCGAAACUGACCCAAAAAACGCAGUAAUGAGGAUUUUGCUGCUUGUGCUUCAUGGAAUCUGCUUCCAAACCUUUCUCAAUUAGUGGGAUUCCUGUGCCCAACGAACUCCAGCUACUUCGUGACACAGUUUUAACUCUUCCCUUCUUGUUGUUGGCUGUAUACAGAGAUCCCAGCUGGAAAGAUAACAGGCCUUCCCUCGUUUUAGCUACUGACUUAACACCUCCUAAUGGAAACACUAUUCUACCUCAAAAGCAAGAAAUCGAUGUUGAAAAUUUGAUUGGCCAUUAUAAAUACAUUAUCAAUAAUCUAAAUUCCGAAAAACUAUUUUUGUUUUCCUCUGAUAAGGAUCUCGUUGCUGGUUUUAUUGAACAAUAUCAAAAAAAGAGAAAGCUCACAAUUGAUACAUAUUUAAAUGCAAACUAUAUUGAUCUUAAAUAUGAAGGAAUAUUACUAUUAAUCGAUUUCCAAACAAAAACCUAUUUUGGUUCAGUUGAAGCGAGAGUAAUUGAUUUAAGUAUCAUUGAGAAUGAUUUCAUAAAUUUUCUAAAUCUGAAAAGCACUUCUCCAAAUUCUCACCCACUCACUCAAUCAAUUGAUAAUUUAAUUCAAAGAAUUCGUGAUGAUUGCACUUAUGAUUGGCUCAAUAAUAAUUUAAAAAAAUACUCUUUUCUUUAUUCAAGAUUACGCUCUACAAAGAAGUCUACCUCCAAUAAUAUUACUCCCAAAAUGAAGCGUGAUGCUAGUAAUAAUGAAACGCAUGAAAGAUAUGAAAGAUCUAGUGAAUUUAGCAACAAUGAUUUUAAAAAAUUUAGAAAAACAUUUUCAGGUGUAUCACAAUUUGUACAAAAGAGCUCUCCAAACAGAUUCAACACUAACAUUUUAUUUAACCCUAAACCUUUAGAUCUUGAUUCGCAAAAUUUAUUAUUGUCUCAGCCAACUCAAAAUCCAACAAUGAAUGAUUUUAAUUCAACUAAUGGUUUUUCUUCAAGCUCUAAUAACACCCAACGUGCCCUUUCGGGCCCUAAUAAUCCAAUUGCAAUUGAAUUUGAUUCAGGCUCUAGUACAGACUCUAGCCCAAAUUUUAAUAUUGAUUUUAUUAAUGAAUUCCAAUCAAGCUCAAUAUACUCUUCUUCUCAAACUCAUCUACAAACAAUUGGCAAUUGUGCAUCAAAAACUCCUGAUAAAUUAUCAAAUGAUUAUAAUUCCUUGUCGAAAUUAAAUGAUUUUUAUAAAAACAAUUUAUCAGUUAAACCCACUGAAACCUCAAUUAGUUCAUUGAUUGAUUUGGAAGAUAAUUUAGAUAUUAUUAAUCAUACUUUUAGAUUUAUAGCAAGAAUCAUUGGCUUUGACAAUUAUCAGAAGAACUUUAAAUUACUAUUUCAAGAUGCUUUAAAGAAUUUAGAUAAAUUAUCCUUUUCAAUCUUAUUGUCUGAUCAAGUAAAUUUGGAUAAUAUUUAUCACCCAAAAAGAAUUCUUAAACUAUCUUUUAAAAAUGGGGAAUCAAUUUUAAAAUUUCUUAAUAUUGAUCCAUCUACUAUAUCUUAUUAUAAUGAUUUACAAAUCUCAAAACUAAAUAAAAAAUUAUAUAAAAAAUUAUUGAAGGCUCAAAACCCAAAUAAAUUAUUCUCAUUAACAAUUAAAAGAGAUUUUAUUGAAACAACUAAUAUCAAUAAGCUUAUUUGGACUCCUCAAUUUACAAUAAAUGACAUUUCUUAAAUAAUCAUCCUCAAUAUUUACUAUUAUAAUCAUUAUCAUUUUCUUUAUGCUCAUGUUUAUUUUUACUUUUUCUCUAUCAUUAUCAUUACGUUGUAUUGUGUUGUGUUUUGUUGCGUUGUGUCUUCUAUAAACUUAUUUUUAAAGUUAUAAAUACAUUAUAAAUGC